CUGCCUGGCGCUUCCCGUCGGUGGGAACAAAGCUUCCCCCCCCCCAAGCAAGCCAAACCAACCCGCCGCGAUCUCCCAACAUAUCCCAUUCCACCGACGGACCUGCACUGCAAAACGGCGAUUACUUAGUUCCUCACCCCUCCUCCGCUCGAACCUCAGCGACCGAUUUACUCCGAUCACGGCAAUUCCUGAACUGCAGCCGCUGCCAUCAUGUUCAGAAACAACUACGACAACGACUCGGUCACAUUCUCGCCCCAAGGGCGGAUAUUCCAAGUUGAGUAUGCCGCGGAGGCAGUCAAGCAGGGUUCAGUGGUGGUGGGAAUCGCAAGCAAGACACAUGCCGUGCUGGUAGCGAUCAAGCGCAACGCCGAAGAGCUGUCGUCGUACCAAAAGAAACUGUUCCCCAUCGACGAGCACGUGGGCAUCGCCAUCGCCGGCCUGACGUCGGACGCGCGCGUGCUCUCCAACUUCAUGAAGCAGCAGUGCCUGGGCCACCGGCUGACGUACGGGCGGAGCAUGCCGGUGCGGACGCUGGUCGACAUGAUCGGCUCCAAGGCGCAGAUCAACACGCAGCACUACGGCAAGCGGCCCUACGGCGUCGGCCUGCUGGUGGCGGGCGUGGACGACGCCGGCCCGCACCUGUUCGAGUUCCAGCCGAGCGGCAUGACCGAGGAGAUGGUGGCCUUCGCCAUCGGCGCCCGCUCCCAGAUGGCCCGCACCUACCUCGAGAGGAACGUGGACAAGUUCGCCGACUGCGACCGCGAGGGCCUGAUCCGCCACGGCCUGCGCGCACUCAAGGAGAGCCUGGUGCAGGACCGCGAGCUCACGAUCGACAACACGAGCGUCGGCGUCACGGGCAUCGUCAGGGCCGAGGACGGGAGCACCAAGGUAGAACCCUUCCAGGUGUACGACCAGCAGGACGUGGCCGCGUGGAUAGAGAGCGUCGGGGACGACAAGGAGGGCGGCGCCGGCGUGGGCGAAGCAGAGGGAGAGGGCAUGGAGGUGGAUUCAUAGGCCGCCGCGACUAGGAACCAAAAAAUGCUGAAAUAUGGCGUCUUGGUUGGGGCGGGGGAGAAGAUGGGGAUGCCCUGUACAACAGAGACAGAUACUUACAGUAGGUCCACGACCCGGCACCAUCAGAGGCGGGGCCCGCUUCGUGGACUGUUUUGCUUGACC